GAACAUUAAUUGCUAAAAAUUGGAUAUUAAGUGCAGCUCAUUGUGAACAACCAAAUACAGUUUAUAUUGGUUCAUCAAAUAAUCUUGAGAAUGGAAUUGAAAUUAAUAAGAUUAUGAUGAUGAUAAUGAUGAAUUAAUUAUUGAUUAUGCAAUUUUACCUGAACAUAAUGAAGAAAUUCCUGAUAACACUAUGUUACAUGUAGCUGGAUGGGGUAAAACAUCAUGUAUAUGUGAUAAUUUAAGUAUAUUAAAAUCAGUUAUGGUACCAAAAGUUAGUGAAAGAAAAUGUCGAAAGAUUUUUAAAUCAAGAAUAGAUGAUAGUAUGUUUUGUGCUGGUUAUGUAGAUGGUGGACCAGAUUCAUGUGAAGGUGAUUCUGGUGGUCCUGCAUUAUAUAAAAAUAAAGUUGUUGGUAUUGUAUCAUGGGGUAAUGAAUGUGGACAACCGAAUAAUUAUGGUGUUUAUUCUAAAGUAUCACAUGUAAUAAAUUGGAUAAAAGAAAUAACAGAAUUGUAAGAAUAUAUGAGAGGAAAUCGUUUCACGGGUGGCAAAAUAUUCAUAACUUAUGAGGUGUAAUUUUUAAGUUUUAACUAAUAAUUCAUUUUUUUAAUUAUAGAAAAUAAAAAUAUUUUUUUCUUUACAAUUUGA